AAUAAAGAUGGGUACUUGUGGUGGAAUAUGUGGUUAGAGUAAUCCUGAGAAUACAAUAGUAAAGAUAUAAUAAGUAAAUAUGGGUGAUGUUGAAAAUUAAAUAGAGAUGGGAUUAGAAGAUGUUGCAAUAACACAUUAAUAGAGAGUUGAGGAGAUCUUGAAUUAGCCAAACUAAAGCAAUGAUAAUUAAUUAUAUGAGACAUAAAAAAGAAAUGCUUUAAGUUUUGAUGAAAUUAAAACUUAGAUUAUAUAAGAUCUUGAGAAAUGUGAGCCAGUUAUAUUAGAAUCAGGAGCUAUUUACACAGGAUAAUGGAUGAAUCAGUAGAGACAUGGUUGGGGGAAACAAGUAUGGGCUGAUUAAUCAGUAUAUGAAGGAGAAUGGGUAAAUGAUAAAGCUUGUGGAAAAGGGAAAUUGAUUCAUGCAGAUGGAGAUGUAUAUGAAGGAGAAUGGGUUAAUGAUAAAGCUAAUGGAUAUGGUAGAUAUUAUCAUAGUAAUGGAGCAAUAUAUGAAGGAGAAUGGAAAGAUGAUAAACAAUAUGGUUAUGGAGAGGAACAAUGGCCAGAUGGUUCAAAAUACAAAGGUAAGUAUGAAGAUGGAAAGAAACAUGGUUAAGGUUUAUUAUAAUUUGUUGAUGGAUCAUUUUAUAAUGGAGAAUUCUAUUAUAAUGAUAUACAUGGAAAAGGUAAAUGUAUUUUAUAUAUAUUUCAGGAACAUAUGUUUGGGUUGAUCAAAGAAAAUAUCAAGGUUAAUGGAAUAAUAAUAAAAUGCAUGGUCUCGGUAUUACAAAAUGGCCAGAUGGAAAAAUAUAUGAUGGAGAGUAAAUAAUUGGAGAUAAUUCUUUCUAGAUAUUAAAAUGAUAAAAAAGAUGGGUUUGGUACAUUUAUUUGGCCUGAUGGAAGAAAAUAUGUUGGAUUAUGGUUGAAUGGUAAAUAACAUGGAAGAGGAACUUUUACUAAAGUAAGUGGAGAAAGUCGUUAAGGAGAAUGGGUUGAUGGAAAAAGAAUUAGAUGGUUGGAAUUAGAAGAAUAACAAACAAAUUGAAAAUUCUCUCUAAUAUAUUAUCAAAUUUAAUGCAUUUCAC